CUUCUCCUAACGGGCCACAGGCAGCCCACCAGCUGGCCCUGGACUCACACACUUUACUGGGAAAUUACCUCCAGCAUCAAACUAAAAGGUACCACUUGUCUCCUCUCAGGGUUCAAACAUUUUAAGAAGAUUUUUUUUGUGGAAGAACUUUUCAUAUUUGCCAGAAAGUUUCAGGGAGGUUUGGCUACUGCUGGACAAACGACAGUCUUUUAGUAACAAACUUUAAAACCCCUACUGCUUCUCCACUGUUGGACUGGACUGAGGGGACAGGAAGUGGACGGACAGAGAGAGAACGGAGAACGCACGGGUGAAAUUCACCCACGUGGGAUGAUUUUCUACCAAGACAACCUUGAGACAACUCUAGGAGGAGGGCAAAACAGCUAAAGGAGCCUCGUCAGCCCAGUGCAGUUAUCUUGUUUUGGUGAGUUGGACACAACCUCAUGGAGCCCCCUCCAAUGGUCCUGCUGGGGGUCCUUCUCGUUUAUGGACUAGCCUGUGGUGUCCAGCUGACGCUUGGGAGUCUCUCAGGCAGUAGCCAUGGCAAGACCAAAACCCAAGAAUUUGGUAGCAGUGAGGAUGAUCUAGAAGGAGAGUUCCUCUAUGCCGGAAGAAGCAAGCGUGCACCAGCGGACCAGCCGCAGGACAAGUGUUCCUAUACUUUUAUAGUGCCUCAACAAAAAGUUACCGGAGCCAUCUGUGUAAACUCCAAGGAGCCCGAGGCAAUGCUGGAGAAUCGGGUCCACAAGCAAGAGUUAGAGUUGCUGAAUGUGGAGCUACAGAAACAAAAGAGGCAGAUUGAGACUUUACAGCAAUUGGUGGAGGUGGAUGGAGGUAUUGUCAAUGAGGUCAAGCUUCUGAGGAAGGAGAGCCGAAAUAUGAACUCAAGAGUCACUCAGCUCUACAUGCAGCUUCUCCACGAGAUUAUCAGGAAAAGAGACAAUGCCCUAGAGUUAGCACAAAUGGAGAACAGGAUCCUGAACCAAACCUCUGAGAUGCAACAACUCACCAGUCGAUACAAAGAUCUUGAGCACAAAUACCAGCACUUAGCCUCUUUGGCCACAAAUCAGUCGGCUCUUAUUGUCAUGCUGGAGGAGCAGUGCCAGAGUCGACCCCCUCAACGUUAUGUUCCCGUCCCCCAGCCACGUCCUCAAUCUCCUCCACCACCACCACCACCCAUGAACAAGCCUUACCAGCCACCUGUACUUCCACGCAGUAGCAACCCAAUCAGCAAUGAGAUCCAGAGUGAUCAAAAGUCUCUUGUUCAACCAAUGCCCUCUGGUACACACAGCCCGUCCACAACAGACGAGCCUAAAGGCCCAUUCAGGGAUUGUCUGCAGGCUCUGGAAGAUGGCCACACUGCAAGUGGCAUGUACCUGGUGAAGCCAGAAAAUGCCAACCGCCUCAUGCAGGUGUGGUGCGACCAGAGACACGAUCCAGGUGGCUGGACGGUUAUCCAGAGGAGGGUGGACGGAUCUGUCAACUUUUUCAGGAACUGGGACACAUAUAAGCAAGGGUUUGGCAACAUCGACGGCGAGUACUGGCUUGGUCUGGAAAACAUCUACUGGCUGACGAACCAGGGAACGUACAAACUGCUGAUCACGCUGGAGGACUGGAGUGGCCGGAAAGUGUUUGCAGAGUAUGCCAGCUUCAGACUGGAACCCGAAGCUGAUUACUACAGACUAAGAGUGGGGCGCUACCAUGGCAACGCUGGAGACUCCCUCACAUGGCACAAUGGCAAACAGUUCACAACACUGGACCGGGAUCGUGAUGCAUACACAGGGAAUUGUGCUCACUAUCAGAAGGGAGGCUGGUGGUACAACUCGUGUGCCCAUUCCAAUCUGAAUGGAGUUUGGUACAGAGGGGGACACUACCGCAGCCGCUACCAAGAUGGAAUCUACUGGGCAGAGUUCAGGGGCGGAGCCUAUUCACUCAAGAAAAUAGUCAUGAUGAUCCGUCCUAACUCUAACACCUUCCACUAAUCAUCCAAGGAAUGUAGAUUUUGUAGUCAGAAA